AUGGGCGUCGGACCGCGCUGUUCGCCCUGCGCGCUGCUGGCUUUGGCGCUGCCUUUGGCGCUGCCCGCGGAGCUGCUGCUGCCGCACGGCGCCGAUCGCGGGGAUACGGCGCUGGAGCCCGGCGACGACGCGCGCUCGGCGGCGCUGGAGCUGGGCACGGCGCUGCACUUCUACGGCGCCGCCGUCCGCUCCCUCUACGUUGCCACAAAUGGGAUUAUUGCAGUCAAUGAACCUAAGGAUGAAGAAAAAUAUCUUGGCCAAUUCCCAGUCAGUUUUGGAGCUAUUGCUCCUUUUAUGGCUGAUCUGGAUACGACAGAUGGACGUGGAAAUGUUUAUUACAGAGAAGAUUCAUCCUCAGAUGUCUUACAACUCGCAUCAGACUAUAUCAAAGGGGGGUUUCCUGAGGCUGCUUUUGAUCCCAGCAGUGUUGUUAUUGUUACCUGGAAGCUCGUGGCUCCGUACCAGGGACCUGGAGAAGAUCUUACACUGGAAGAAAAGAGGAACACAUUCCAGGCUGUUUUAGCCUCUUCUGACUCCAGUUCCUAUGCUAUUUUCCUUUACCCAGAAGAUGGUUUGCAGUUCUAUAGUGCGUACUCAAAGAAUAAUGAUGGAAAGAUUCCUGCAAUGGUUGGCUUUAGUCAGGCCUCCACAAACUACUACUUUUGGGAAAAUCCAGGAUCCUACAAUGUCAUUGCUAAUGAUGAAGACAGCAUUAGAAACUUGCAUGAAAGCAGCAAUGCUGGGAGACGAGGUGUCUGGGUGUUCGAGAUUGGUAGCUCAUCUGACACUAUUGUGCCUGCCAAGGUCAGCAAUGUUCUGGCGAGCCUAGAGCCCAGUGAAGAAGACCAGGAGUUGACUUCAAAACCAUUUGUGUCAGACUAUGGCUCCACUGAAAUAAGACCACAGUAUGUCACCAGUAGCACGGACAGUGCGGAAGAGGAGCAGCACAUUACAUACAGUGUUCCUCAGUUAGCUGUGGAAGACUUUAUAACUUCAUACCAAGAUGUAACAGGAACACCUUCGACUGAAUCUUUUUAUCGUCAUCGAGAAUUCCCAACAGCAAAAGCUCCACCUCGCCAGUUCCCAGCCCAGCAGUUCCCCCCACAGGGACCCCAGGUCAUAGAUGUGGAAGAAUUUGAUGAAACUGGUAUAGUGUUCCGCUACCACACAGACGUCCAACAGACCUGUGCUAACAAUCGCCACCAGUGUUCUGUUCAUGCUAUUUGCAAAGAUUACCCCAAUGGAUUUUGUUGCAGUUGUAUUGCUGGAUACAAAGGAAAUGGCAGACAAUGUGUAGCAGAAGGUUCUCCUCAGAGGGUCAAUGGGAAAGUCAAAGGACGAAUCUUUGUAGGAAAUAACCCCGUUCCAGUUACAUUUGAGAACACCGAUCUCCACUCGUAUGUUGUGAUGAACCAUGGACGUGCCUAUACUGCUAUCAGCACAAUCCCAGAAGCUUUGGGUUAUUCUUUGCUGCCUCUUGCCUCUAUUGGAGGUGUAAUAGGGUGGAUGUUUGCUGUGGAGCAGCAAGGAUAUAAAAAUGGAUUCAGCAUUACCGGUGGAGAGUUUACACGGCAAACUGAAGUCACUUUUCUUGGCAACAAUGAGAAGCUGGUUAUAAAGCAGAAAUUCAGUGGAAUUGAUGAGCAUGGUCACCUUACCAUCAGCACAGAAAUGGAAGGCAGAGUACCUGAGGUCCCCUCUGGUGCAUCAGUCCAUAUUGAACCUUACACUGAACUCUAUCACGCCUCUAGUUCUGUGAUCACUUCAUCAUCCACCAGAGAGUAUACAGUGACAGAGCCUGAAAGGGAUGGAGUUGCUUCCACGUACACUGGUGCCUAUCAGUGGCGACAAACCAUCUCCUUUGAUGAAUGCAUUCAUGAUGACACUCUCCAUGCUGCUCCUGCUACUCAGCAGCUCUCAGUGGACAGUAUAUUUGUUCUGUAUAACAGAGACGAGCAAAUUCUGCGUUAUGCUAUGAGCAAUUCUAUUGGCCCCAUCAGUGAUGGUUCUGCUGAUAUUAGCCGGAAUCCUUGCUACACUGGUACCCAUAACUGUGACACCAAUGCAGUAUGUCGUGCAGGAACUGGGAAUCGUUUCUCCUGUGAAUGUUCGAUUGGGUUCCGUGGAGAUGGAAACGUUUGUUAUGAUAUUGAUGAGUGUUCGGAGCAGCCAGGUGCAUGUGGCAGCAAUGCAGUCUGCAAUAACCAGCCGGGAACGUACCGAUGUGAGUGUGUUGAUGGAUACCAGUUUGCAGCAGAUGGGCGGACUUGUGUUGCUGUUGAAUACGCCGUAAACCACUGUCAGACGGGCACACAUGGCUGCGACAUCCCUCAGCGUGCUCAGUGCGUGUACACUGGUGGGUCUGCCUACAUCUGCACGUGCCUCCCUGGCUUCUCUGGAGAUGGACGUGCCUGUGAGGAUAUAGACGAAUGUCAGCAGGGCCGCUGUCAUCCAGAUGCUUUCUGCUACAACACACCCGGAUCCUUUAGCUGCCAGUGUAAGGCAGGUUAUCGUGGGGAUGGUUUCCAGUGUGUGUUAGGAGGAGUGGUAAAGACCAAAUGCCAGCGCGAGAAAGAAGUAGCUCUUGGAAGUGGAGGCACUUUCUUCCAAAGAGAAAUAAGAGUUGGUCAGUUCAUUCCCCAGUGCGAUGAACAUGGGAAUUAUGUACCCACUCAGUGCCAUGGCAGCACUGGAUAUUGUUGGUGUGUGGAUAGAGAUGGAAAUGAGAUUGAUGGCACCAGAAGUGGACCAGGAGUUCGACCACCAUGUCUGAGCACAGCUGCUCCUCCUGUUGGUAUUGGGCCCUCUGUUCGACCCGACACAAUACCACUGCCUCCAGGAACACAUUUGCUUUUUGCCCAAAGUGGGAAAAUUGAACAUGUUCCAUUGGAGGGAAACAACAUGAAGAAAAAUGGUGCAAAAGCGCUCUUGCAUAUCCCGGACAAAGUUAUUAUUGGAGUUGCUUAUGACUGCGUGGACAAGAUGGUUUACUGGACAGACAUCAGUGGUCCAUCAAUCAGCAGAGCUAGCCUGCAUGGUGGGGAGCCAACGACCAUCAUCAGAACAGACCUGGGAAGCCCUGAAGGGAUAGCUCUAGAUCAUCUAGGUCGCAACAUCUUCUGGACUGACUCUCAACUUGAUAGAAUAGAAGUGGCUAGAGUGGAUGGGCGCCAGCGUCGCAUCCUUUUUGACACUGGCCUGGUGAACCCCCGUGCGAUUGUUGUGGAUCCUGUGAGAGGAAACCUGUACUGGACUGACUGGAACAGAGAAGCUCCUAAAAUUGAAACUUCAUACAUGGAUGGCACAAACAGAAGAAUUCUUGUGAAAGAUGAUCUGGGAUUGCCAAAUGGGCUGACAUUUGAUCCUUAUUCCUCAAUGUUAUGUUGGGUAGAUGCAGGUACCAAGAGACUGGAAUGCAUGAACCCUAAUCAGCUUGGUCGGCGCAAGAUUGUUGAAGGAAUUCAGUAUCCUUUUGGUGUUACAAGCUAUGGGAAGAAUUUGUACUACACAGACUGGAGAAGGGAUGCUGUUGUAGCUGUGGAUCGCAUGGUUUCAGUAGAAAAUGAUAACUUCCAACCUCACAAGCGCUCUCGUCUCUAUGGAAUCACUACAGCUUUUGCUCAGUGCCCAGGAGGACAUAACUACUGUACAGUGAAUAAUGGUGGUUGUACUCACCUCUGCUUGGCUACCCCAGAAGGCCGCUCUUGCCGCUGCCCUGACAACACAGUUGGAGUGGAUUGUAUAGAAAGAAACUGAGUAUUAAAACAAGCUUUCAAGCAGCAGGCACCUUCUGGGAAUGUGCCAUAAACAAUUCAGAUCUAUCAACACAAUCAGGCCCUAGAGAUAAGUGCUGCAUGCUGUUGACUGCAAGCCGUAAUGUGCGUAUGCAGACUGUUUUGUAGCAGUUAGGCAAGACAGAGCCAUACAGGUUAGGUCUAAUUGCAUCUUAAUCCCUGUAAUACAAUGUUUUUGCUUUGAAAGAAAAACGUGGAGGCCUUAGUUGUACCUGAGUCAGGCUAAGAGGAAGUGUGUCUUAGCUGAAUACAGGACAGGGUAAAGGAUGGUGUGAUCUUGAGACUGGGUUGUACCUCAAAGCACACAGCAGUUAUCUGUAUAAUGGCACGUUUGGCCCUUUGCAUAUGUGAAGGCUGUACUUUUGCUGAGAAGCAGACAGAGGGCCCAAGGAUGGAUAGAUGUAGGUGAGAACACCCGGUAAUAUCACAGAUUUAAUGCCUAACUGCAUUCAUCCCCACUACCAGUCUUUGAAUUUUCAAAACUUGAAUCUCAACUUUUGACUUGUUGUUAUGAAAAUACUUUAUCCGCAUGCUGUCAGGGUAUUAUUUACUACCCUCAUGUGAUUCCUACCCACGGCAUGUGAUUCUUUAUAGUUGGAACUGUGUAAUGGGUGUGUUUGAAUUUUCUGCUGGAGUUUAAGAGAUUUGUUUUUCUUCCAUCUGAUGUAGAUUCCUUAGCAUUUUCCUAAAAUCCCCUAAACAAACUUAGAUUUAGGUCUCAGAUGCUGAUAGUUCAUCAAAGAAUAGAUAUUGGUUCAUUUGGAGGUGUUUGUUUUUGAAAGAGAGAGUCAUAUUUGUUUCCUGAGAGCUUUUAAAAUAAUAUUUCUAUAUUUGAUUCUUUAAGCCUGAAAAUGAUCUUUGAAAUUUAUUGUAGCCAUCUUUCUUCUUUAGCAAACUACAUUAUGCUUUUUUUGGUAAACCUUAAGAAACAUAGCAGUUAAAAAUCUGAUUUCCAAAAGGUUGGCUGUGUCUUGGUGCUUAAAGGUAAAAAGUAUUACGUCCCCUUUGUGUGCUAUUGCUGAGUAACAGCAAAAAAGUAUGCUGAAAAUCAAAGCAAACUUUCAGAUUCAAAGCAUCUUUGUUUCAAAGCACAUUUUCAGCAUUACCAAUGAGCUAGAGUUGGGAGGCAAAGUCAAAAAUGUAUAUUCUUAAUGUCAUACUAAACCAAGUGUGAAGUUUAACUUCUGCACAGUGUGUUGGGAAACAAGCUCACGUGCAGGUCCACUUCUGUCAGUGUACACUUCACAGUGCUGUGAUAAGAGCAGUAAGCUAUUAAUAUCCCUAUUUCCUCUCCCUUUCCAGAUGCUACAAUUAAGCUUCAUAAAGAGCCAGUUCUGAGUCUUAAUGUGUGACAUCUUCCUCUUUAAUUGUAUAUUUAUCAUAAAAUAACAAUGUAAACAUUUUAAAGAUAUUUUGGUGUAACAUUUUAUAACAAUUCAUUUUACUCAUACACUUAAUCAGGUAUUUCUUUCUGUAAAUAUCAAAAAUGUGUUGAAAUGAAGGUGCUUGAUAAUUCUUUCUCCAGAAUUACUCACAUAUCUGGUGAAAUAUUAAAGUUUACACUCUGUACAGGUAUCUACAGUAUGGUCAAUAAAAAAUGUUUUUUUAAAAA